AUGUCAGCAUCUAGCAAAUUUGAUCUAUCUUCUGGUAGCCCAGAUAGGCCGCUAUACUCAUCUGGGCAUCGUGGAUCCUAUGCUACUGCUUCUCUGGACAGAUCAAGUAGCUUCCGCGAGAACGUGGAGAAUCAAAUCUUAUCAACUCUUCCAAACAUGACAAGAAGCAUGGCAUUUAAGCGACUUGCAACUGCUGCUGUCGGCAUCCCACUAGAAGAUUCUCUACCUGGAUCUUCAAAUAGCAAACCACUGCCUUCUCCCUCAUCAGAUGAUCUCAGACGACUCAAGGCUGGUGUACGGGAAGGCGGUACUAAAGCUAGGGAACGUGUAAAGAUAUUCAAUGAUUGUUUAUCUGUAAUCAACAAAUGUUUCCCAACCAUUCCAUCAAGGAAGAGAUCCCGACUGGAUACCUUAUCAAACGACCGAUCCAAUGCCUUGUUAUCAACUGAUCGGUCAAGUUCAGGGAUGGGCAUCAGCAAAAUGGGAUCACAGAGUCAUGCCAGUACGAGUAGUUUUGAACUGGAGCAACAAAGAUCAGAAGAAAGGACAAAAAUUUCAAUUCCAAACAAACGCACACGAACUUCUAUGGUAGACCCAAGGGCAAAUACCCCUGCAAGGCCAACUGGAGUUAUGGACAAGGAUAGGGAAAUAUUAAGAUUUCCUAACAGCGGCGUGAUUAAUGGUGAGGAUCGAACAUCAUCCCUUACCGUUGAUGGUUGGGAGAAAUCAAAGAUGAAGAAGAGGCGUAGUGGAAUAAAGACAGAUGCUACUGCAAGUUCAACGGUGAUGAAAUCUGCUGAUGGCUACAGGGAGUCUAAGCAAGUAAUGCAGCCACGACUUCCUACUGAUGCCCGUUCAAGGAUGAGUGAUUCCUAUGGUGUCAGACCUGGGAUUGCAAAUGGGAGUGUAGGAGUUGGAAAAGCUGAAUCCUCCUUGCAGCAGACUGGCUUAGGCACACGUCCUAGCUGUAAGGCUGAGCAGGACAACAGCCCCCUUCAUGAGAGGAGAGAGCGUCCAACUGCUCCAGAGAAAGAAAGGGUGAAUCUUAAAGCAGUUAACAAGGCAAAUGCCCGUGAAGAUAUCAGUUCAGGCAGCCCUACCUCAAGCUCAAAGUUGAAUGCAAAUGCUCGGGCUUCACGUUCGGGUCCUGAAGGUGGUGUAUCCAAGUUUUCUCAAGUGGUGCCACGGGCUACGGCAUCUAAUGAUUGGGAGCUUUCUAACUGUACAAGCAAACUACCUGGUGCCGUUGGGGCUAAUAACCGUAAGCGCACACCUUCAACACGGUCUUCUUCACCUCCUGUUGCUAAUUGGGUCCAGAGACCUCAGAAGAUCUCUCGAACAGCAAGAAGAACUAAUAUUGUUCCUAUUGUCCCCAGCAAUGAUGAGACCUUUACCAUUGAUACGACGUCUGAGGUGAUGAGGAAUGAAAAACGCAUGCCUGGCCAUUCUCCCCGGCAAAUUAAACUAAAAAAUGACUUCUCUUCAGCUGCAUUGUCUGAAAGUGAGGAAUCAGGGGCUGCUGAAGCUAAGCCAAGAGACAAAAACAAGAAGUUUGAUGAGAUGGAUGAAAAAUGUGGACAAAAUAUCCAUAAAAUGUCAACCCUUCUGCUACCACCUAGAAAAAAUAAGGCAGCUUGUGGGGAAGACCAUGGAGACGGUGUCCGAAGGCAAGGGAGGAGUGGCCGUGGCUUUACAUCCACCAGGUCCCUCAUGACUUUAACAGUCGAAAAACAUGGAAAUGUCGGAACAACAAAACAAAUAAGAAGUUCAAGAUUUAGUUUUGAAAAGAAUGAAAGGGCAGGUCGACCACCUACGAGGAAGCCCUCUGAUAGGAAGCCUUAUACACGUCAAAAGCAUGCAGCUAAUAUAGCACCAGAUUUUCUUGUUGGUUCAGAUGAUGGGCAUGAAGAGCUGUUGGCUGCUGCAAAUGCUGUUACAAAUACUGCACAAGCCCUUUCUAGCCUGUUCUGGAGAAAGAUGGAACCUCUGUAUCGUUUCAUAUCUGAUACAGAUAUUGCAUAUCUGAAAGACCAGGUUAAUCUUGGUUCCACCGUGAACACAUCUGCCCUGGUGCCUCUCGAUUCGGACGUUUCUGCUUUGAUCCACAAUGGAUUUGGGUUGAAUGACCCUAGGAGAGAAGAAAGUGAAACAAAAGGUGUUGAACUUAGCCCAGAAGCUCCAGAGGCUAGUACACCAACGGAGAUCUCUCUUUAUCAGACGCUGAUUGCAGCUUUAAUUCCCGAAGAAGGAAAUCAAGAGCUUUGCAGCAGUGGAAAUGAAGACUCCAGAUUUGAUGUGUUUGGAUCUUGUUUUGAAAUGGAAAAAGAUAUGGAUUCAGAUACUUUCUGCUCGCCGAGGUCUCAAAAUCGUGAUAUUUCCAGAUAUUCCGCUUCUAAUGGUUACAGGAUAAACGCUGAUGGAAAACUCUUCUAUGAACUGGACCACACGUUUCCAGAUCAUAAUGGUGGUUCUAUUCCAGACACUGGAAUUAUUCCAAUCUGCAAUCAUUUGCAAAAUGGUUUACUUCCAGACCAGAUUAUGCCUAGCGUAGAAUGUUCUGAAUAUCAGUAUAAUAAUAUGUCAAUAAAUGAAAGACUUCUCGUGGAGAUUCAUAGUAUUGGACUUUACCCAGAUUUAGUGCCUGAUUUGUGUCAGACUGGAGAUGAAGAAAUCAGUGGAGAUCUUAGUAGAUUAGAUGAGAAGUAUCAAGAAGAGGUUUCAAGGAAGAAUAGUUUGCUUGGUAAACUGCUAAAUUCAGCUUCUGAGGCUAAAGAGCUUCAAGAAAACCUGUUCGAACGGUGCGCUUUAGAGAAACUUGUGGGAUUGGCUUACGAAAAGUACAUGAGUUGUGGGGGUCCUAAUGCUCAUGGGAUGAAAAGUGCCAGUGGUAAAAUGGCAAAACAAGCUGCAUUGGCUUUCGUUAAGCGGACAUUGGAACGAUGUCGAGAAUUUGAUGCAACUGGAAAGAGCUGCUUUGGUGAGCCUUCGUAUAAAGAAAUUUUCCUUUCUGGAGUCGCACACCUAGUCGACAUACAAGCAGUAAAUUCAAGUGCUGAUAAUGAAUCUGGAAAGAGGCAGUUUAACACAUCUGGAUGUUCUAUUGAAGUUAGAACUUCAGCUCCCUUGGGAGCACUGCACAGCCCAUCUUCAAACAUUCAAGAAAUUUAUUCUUCUGGAGCUCCCAUAUCAGCAAAUCUAGGUUCUGAACUAACUACUGGCAAAGAAGACCUCUGGUCAAAUAGGGUGAAGAAGUGUGAGUUACCUGAUGAAACUGUUGGUGGUACACUUAGCUCAUCCGCCGGUGUCCCAUCAGGCAUUGGAAGUUCACUUUCGAGCAGUGCAAAAGGAAAAAGGAGUGAGAGAGAAGGAAAGGGAAAUAGCAGAGAAGCGCUAUCCAGAAGUGGAAGCACUAAAGUUGGUCGGGCUGCACUGGCCAAUGUCAAGGGAGAGAGAAAGCCUAAAGCAAAACCUAGACAGAAAACAGGUCAACUCACUGCUUCUGUCAAUGGCCCUCUUGGAAAGAUGUCUGAGCGGCCAAAAACAACGUUAUUUUCUGCACCCAAAUCAAAUGAGAGGAGUGGAAGUGGCACUGACAAGGAUAAAAACCUCUUGGAGGAACCCAUAGAUUUGUCUGGCUUGCAACUUCCUGGAAUGGGCGAUCUAGGUGUACCGGAUGAUCUUUCUGGUCAAGGAGAGGACCUAGGGUCUUGGUUGAACAACAUUGAGGACGAUGGAUUGCAAGAUCAUGACUAUAUGGGUGGGCUUGAAAUUCCAAUGGAUGAUCUAUCAGACUUGAAUAUGAUGGUUUGA